UAAAUGUUUAAUUUUAAAUAAUGUCACUUUUCGAUAACACAUAAACAAUACAAAAUAAGGACAUUUUCCCAGGGAAAUAAUUAGCCUGUAUGAAAGUCGCGUGAAUACUAUAAAGUCUAUCAUGUGUCUGUUCAUUUGUCUCAUAUGGUCAUUUUCAUUUGAGUAAUGGAGUUCCUAAGUGUGUUGUUUGUCAAUCUCGUUAUAUUGGCUUCCACAAAAGCUGUAAAUCCUGGUCUCAGAUUAAGGAUAACUCAAGAUGGAUUACAUUACGCAAACAAGGUGGCUGUAGAUACUUUUGCCAAAGACAUAAAACGCACCAGAUUAGAAGACAUCACCGGAAAUGUUAAAGGCGUGAAAUACAGUCUUUCAAAUUUGAUUGUAAAUGACUUUAAAGCACCCAAAAGCGCAAUAACAUUAGCGUCAGGCAGUGAUGUCGAAUGGAGAGCAACUAAAAUUGGAUUAGAAAUUGAUGGAACAUUCAAAUAUAUAUUUCUUUUUAUCAAAGGAGGGGGCGAUUUCACAGUUAAAGCUUCAGACCUCUCAUUUGCUGUUGGAAUUCAAAUCGGGGUAGAUACUAAUGGAAAGCCAACUAUUAAAACCACAUCAUGUGAAUGUAAAAUUGGUCCACUAAAAAUUAAAUUCCGUGGCAAAAGAGCUUGGAUUUACAACAUAUUAACCACAUUAGCUUCAAACGCUAUUGCGACAAUGUUACAGAAAAAAGUGUGCGAAAAAGUUAAAGACGUUCUUGACAAGAAGGCAGAAGAAGAAUUGUGUUCUUUUCAAGCGGAGGUACAGUUGGGAGAACAUUUGACUCUGGAUUACAGAUUACUGUCAGCUCCUCAUAUAACAGCAGAAUAUAUCGAAGGAGAUUUCAAAGGAGAGGUAUUCUGGACAAUGAACCGGACAGAAGCACCAUUCACCCCGGCUCCAAUGGCUUCCAUCACGGACAACAAGAAGAUGGCAUACCUUACAGUGUCCGACUAUAUUUUCAACUCUAUGGGGUACCAAGCACAUACGCAUGGGCUGUUGAUGUAUAACCUAACGUCUCAAAAAAUGAGAGACAAGAACGAUCUACUCAAUACAACAUGUGAUGAUGCCUGUAUCGGAAAACUUAUACCGCAGAUAGGACAGCUAUACCCAAAUAGUCAAGUUGAAAUACACCUGCUGAGCACAGACUGGCCUCGCGUCUUCAUUACUGAGAAAGCUGUACAAAUUUUGAGUAAAAGCAAUGUUACAUUUUCUGCAAGAAAACCAGACAAUACCCUUCACUUUAUGUUUCGAAUUCAUGCGGUAACGAUGGCUUCAGUCAAAAUUAACCUGAACGGUGAUGCUUUAUCUGGAACAAUUGACUACAUGAAAGUCGAGACAAAUGUGACAAACUCGUUAAUUGGAGAUAUUGAUGAGACAACAUUCCAGCUUCUAGUUGAUGAUGCUGUAAAGAAAGUUAUCAAGCCAAUGAUAAACGAUUAUCUGAAAGAUGUAGGGAUCCAAUUACCAUCUACAGACAAUUUACAGUUCAAAGAUGCGAAGAUUGAACUUCUUAUGAACACAAUCCUAAUUGAAACAAAUGUAAAGAUCACUCCGAACAUCAAAAAGAAGAAAUCGACUGUGCUUAAGUACAAGCCCAUGGUUGGCAAACAAGAUAUAAAAGACAGAUUCCGUCUGUGAUACAUGUUUUAUAUCAAAUACACUAAAAUUAAAAACGUAUUUGUCUAAAACGUUUCAAAUACAUUUUUGAUAAUAAAAACUUGUAUUUUUGUUAA